AUGGCUAUGAUGAUGAAGCCGACGAGGAAGGAGCAGCCGUUGGAGUUCGAUGAAGAGGAGGGCGAGCCGGACGAGCAUAUAGAUGGCGGCGAGGAUUACGACGAGGACGACGACAAUGAGCAAACGGAGAGUGAAGACAGCGAAGAUGAUGCCGCUCUGGGCCCAGAAGACGGCGAGAGCCCUAUGGACGAUGACGAGCUUGAGCUGGCUCGUGUAGGCUUCGCCCCCAUGUAG